GGUAGGAUCAGGUGACUAUGGAGUCAGCUGAUUGAAGCCUGGACAUGGUCGAGCUGGAGGAAUUCUAAUGAGGGAGCAGAUCAUCAACAGCCACCUUCUCACCAAGGCUGAUCUUGUGAUUUUGUUUUGGAUUUUUCUAUGAAAAACGUAAUCUGUCUGCACUAAACUUCUCUGAGGUAACCACUAUGUCAAAUCCAAUGGAGAACGGCCCCAGCCACUGCAAUGGUGAGGCGGAGCAGGUGUGGGAAAGACCCUGGACGUUGGAAGAGAUGCGGAAAAACAGCGCAAAUUGGUCUUUGGCUGCAGAUUCUGGGCUCUUUCUCUACAUGCAGGACUUCUCUCAGUGGAUGUUAUCUAAAACUCAUGAGAUCGAAAAACAGCUGGAUGGCCUUAUUCGGGACACCAAAGCAACCGAUAGCUGCCUUCACACCGUCUUUAAUGACUUUCUAAUGCUUUCCAACAUACAAUUUAUCGAAAAUAGGGUUUAUGAUGAAGAAGUUGAGGAGCCAGUCCCAAAAACAGAUGCUCAGGAGAGACGCCCUGAACAGGAAAGAACACGAGAACAGAAAGAAGCGGAGCUGAUUCCUAAAGUCCAGGAGGCAAUGAAUUAUGGUCUGAAGGUCCUAGAAUCAGCCUUUGAACAGUUGGAUGUUAAAGUAGGGAACUCGGACUCAGAGGAUGAGGAGGCAGCCGACAGAGUGGAACCCAUUCUAGAACCUAAGGAUUUAUAUGUAGACAGGCCGCUACCGUACUUGAUUGGAUCUCAGGCUUUUAUGGAACAAGACGAUGUGGGUCUGGGAGAUCUAUCCAGCGAUGAAAUGUCCAUUGACAGCGACAGAGAGAGUUUCAUUGAGAGUGAAGCCGAUAAAGAUCAGGAGAAGCACUCAGAUGAGGACUCUGACCAAGCAGAAGAAAGCCAAGGAAGCUUAAAGAAAAAGUCGGUCAGUUCUGAUGAAAAUGAUGAAGAUUCUGACUUAUUUGGAGAAUCUGACAAAGAUGAAGAUGAAGCCAGAGGGGAUGUGGAUCCAGCAUCUUUUGCUAACCAGCUGGCUGCAAGAAUUAAAGAUACGACAAAUAAGCCAGAGGCAGACCGCACAUCACUGUCAUCAGGCACAUCUGUCACCAAGAGGAAAAAACAAGGAAAGAAACUACCAGAGGCACAGGUGGAAGAAGAUGAGAUGUUCAAGCCUCCAGAAAUGGAGGAUGAUGAAUAUUCUCCAUUUGGAGAAAAGGGUGGUCUAUUUAGUGGAGGGAAAGGCCUAUUUGAUGAUGAUGAUGGUGAGGGGUAUCUCUUUUCUGAGGCACCCAAAAUGCAGAAGGAGCAAACAGACGUCAAAAAAACAGAGAGUGUCCGUGCUAAGAAAAUACCCACAGGUGCAGUUUCCAUUUUCCCAGAAAACAAUCUGUUCGGUUCACCAAAUGGUUCAGACUCACUAGAGAGCAAAGAGAAUGACCGUCCAGUUAAAUCCAAAACGCAGGCAGCUCGAGAACAGACCUCACUAGGAUCUGGUCUUUUUGAUGACAAUGAUGAUGAUGACUUUUUCACUGGGAAGGCAGUUAAAAAAACAUCUGCUGUACAGGAGAAACCCAAGCCAAAGGUGACAGCAGACCUGUUUGGAGGGGAUUAUAAUGAGGAGGAUGGUGACAUUUUUAGUGUGGGUUCUCGUUCUGCUGUUUCUCAGGAGAGCAAGAAAUUUGGGGAAGAGGAGGAGGUGGUACAGCAGCCUGAGAAAAAGUUACCAGCUGGUGCCAUCUCUAUGUUUGGGCCUGGCACAAAUAGUCUCCUCGCAGAAAGCUUGAAGAAGCGCCAUCCUUCAGCAAGUGAGGAUUCUGUCAAAUCUGUGGAGAGUGUGCCCCCUGCUGAGGUCAAACCAUCAGCUGCCUCUAAAGCGACCAAGAAAGCACAGAGUCUUUUCUCUGAUGAUGAGGAUUCCCAAAUAUUCCCUACUGUGCCAAAAAGUCACUCAAAACCUGAAGGGAAGGUACAGAACAAACCAAGCAAGACUGCAGUCUCUUUAUUUGCUGAUGAUGAGGAAGAGGAUCUGUUUUCCUCUGUGCCAAAAUCCCAAUCAGUUCCAGGCAAAACAGCAGUUUCCCAAACCAGGAAGUCAUUAUCAAGCGGUCUUUUUAGCGAUGAUGAGGACCAGUGGUUAAACUCACAGCCAAGUCCAGCUAAGCCUGGUGUGAAGAGUGGUGGGAUGAAGGCUAGCACUAGUGCCCCCUCCAGGCUACCCAGUGCCAAAGCACCGCAGAAAGACAGCUUGUUUGAUGCUGAUGAUGACGAUGAUCUAUUUGCAGCCACAAAGGAGUCAAGGCAGAAGAAUUCUCAAAGAGUCUCCCUUCUGUUUGAAGAUGAAGAUGAUGAAGACAAAGGUUCACUGUUUGGUUUUAAACCAUCUGCAAACAAAGGAACUCCGGAAGUUAAAGUGCCUAUUGCUGCGUCCCAGACCCCCUCUCUAUUUGGCUCGGAGGGGACACAGGAAGUGGUAACUGAGGAGAAGAAAGCUGUGCAGCCAGCACCUCCCCCUGAGGGAUCUAACAAGAUUAAAAAGCCCACUGGAGCUGUUAGCUUGUUUGGAGGAAUAAGUGUGCUAGGAGAUGAAGCCAAAAACAAAACAAAACAGAGCAAGAAUACAUUAGAUGACUUGGACGAUCUUGACUGGCAUACUGAAGCCCCACCACCUAUGGAGAGCAAGGAGAAAAAGUCCACAAAAAACACACUUAGUCUGUUUGAUAAUGAUGAGGAAGAGGAACCUGAUGAGACACCUCCACUUUCCAUAGCAAACAAGAAUACAGACAAAAUUACAAUAAAGUCUCAGGAACCGAAAGCUUCUGUGAAGAGCACGGGUGUGUUUCAGGAUGAAGAGCUUCUGUUCAGCCAGACACAGCAAAAAGACAACGAUCCAGAGGUGGACCUAUUUGCAGCCUCUAGUAAACCCUCUAAACCUGUACCGAGUUUAGUGAAGCCUGCUGUUUCUACAUUGUUUGGGGAGGAGGAGGAUGAUGAUGACCUGUUCAGCACUUUAAAGCAAAAAGCUCCUCCGAAAGUUCCAGACAAGCCGAGUAAGGCUAAACAUGAAGAAACCGACAAAGGUUCAAGUACAGUGCAGUCAAUUAAGAGUGAGAAGCCUGUGAGCCCUGUAACAUCCAAAGAAACGUCAUCAAGGAUUGGAAAACUUCAAGCUAGUUUGGCCAUCAACCCUGCCAGCCUCAUGCCAGGAGCAGGUCCACGGGUUCCAAGUGCACUCAGCAUAAUCUCUGAUCUGGCUCCGUCCUCCUCUCCCAGACCAGCAGGGCUGCUGCCUGCUUCUGCUGCCACUGCAGGACUUCAGGUUGCUGCUGGGGGUGGAAUCGGCUUUGACACGCCAGCUCAGGUCACCACAUUGCAGAAUGCCAAUAAGGACCGCAUUAAAGGCGCAAUGCAACGCCGUCCUCAGUCCCGUGCAGCGAGACACUUGGCUGCUCAGCACUCUGAAGAGGGUCGUUUGGACAGCCCAGGAGAAAACUCGUCUUUUCAAGCUGGUUCAUCAGUCAGAACGACUUCAGCAUCAUCCGCCUUUAAUCCUAUUCCAGCCAGACCAUCUGCUCUUGCACUACCUAUAUCUACUAACAACACUACAAUGCCUGCACAGACAGUCUCUGAUGGGGUGGUCAGGCCCAAGAUUCUCCCUGUUGCUGAAGAGGACUUGUUUUCCUCAGUGGAUAUUUUUUCUUCUGCCUCAGUCCCUAAGCACACCCCUUCACCUAAAACCAAGACAAAGGCUCCUGAGACAGUGUUCCAUGGAGCGUUCAAGAAAAAAGAGCCAGCCCUGCCUAUCUUUAGCGACAAUAGUGAUGACCUCUUUGCCACCGUCAAGCCAAAGACGGUGAAGAAAGCCAAGGCUAUGCCUUUCCUUGAUGCUGAUGAUGAUGAUGACAUUUUUGGAAAAGAGAAGAAGGACUCUAAAUCACUUGCCAGCUCCACUAUACCAGACAUCUUCCAGGAUGAUAAAGAAACCUCCUCCAAAGUGUUUACAAAACCUAAAGAACAAAGCUUGGAGGCCAGCCUGUUUAAUGAUGAUGUUGACAUUUUUGCUGAUUUGACACCUACAACAAAGCCAAAGGAGAAAAAGCCGAAGAAGAAAGUUGAAACAAAAUCAAUAUUUGAUGAUGACAUGGAUGACAUUUUCUCAUCUGGAUUCACAAAACCAGUAGGGACCUCAACCGCAAAGAAGUCUAAGAAGCCUGUUGAGGAACCCAAUUCUGCAGAGGAAUCAGGCCAUAAUAUUUUUGAUGAUCCACUUAAUGUGUUUGGUGGAAAGUGAAUAGCUAAUGUUUGUAUUUGUGUAGAAAGUGUUGGACUGACCAGUUAGAACAUACUGAAUUAAUACUGUUCACAGAUAAUUUAUAAAUUCUUAAAAAUACAUUUGUCAAAUAGACUCAUCAUAAAUCAUAAAAACUAACUUUUAAUAGUAAUUAAAAUCUUGUUUGAUCAGUAGCUUACAUCUUCAUGAUAAAGAGAUGAACAGAAUCAAGUAACUUCUAAUGGCAUCCAUUCGUCUCUCAGCAGUAGAGUAAAGUUGCCAUGAAGUGUUAUAUCCACUAACAAUGGUUUGUUUUAUUUCUUAGUGUUUAUCAUGGUAAAGCACUUUAAAAUUGACAGUAUCAGUUGUACAUCAUAUAAAAUCAAAUUGAUUUGAUUGUAAAUGGAUACAUUCCUCUGACAUGGUAAACAUGAUUUAUUUGCAUUCGUUUGCAUCACUUUGUUGCAUAUGGCUGUCAGGAUUGCUUAUCAACAUUAGUGCUUAUUGUCUUUUGAUGCUGUUUUUAUACAUUUUUGUGUUGCAUGUAAAAUGAUUUUUGUAAACUAAAGAAAAUAUAUUUUAUGAAGAGUGAAAGUUUGAAGGUUUGUUAAUGAAAAUAUGUGGGUGAAAGACUA